UCGUAGAUCGGGGAUAUCACGGAGGAAGUGGUGGAUAUGUACAAACGCCCUUUUCUCGCAUACGUAGCUACCGCCUACUGAUUGCGUAACGUAAUCAUUCGAUAAUGUGUCGCUACGUGGUCGGUAUAGCAUAGAAAUUGGACACUCCUUCAGAUAAAACUGCGACUGGUCUUGAUGCCUUCCACUUCUACAUACGAAAUGUGUUCCCGGCGAAACGCUUCUUUGCUGUGUUUGUUCGGCGUGGACUGUCAUGUGCAGCAGGCAUGAAUCAUGCUUACGUUCAAAAGUUGGAAAGUGUAGAGGUCGGUGACCGCUAUGGACAGCAGCAACAAGCCACUACUUCCCGUUUCCUCGAGCGGGAACGCAACAUUGCAGUCAAUGUUGGGACUGAACUACCGCUACUGCUUCAGCCUGAUUGGAGUGCUUAAACUUAUAGAAAUGGCUCUGAACGUGUUAUGCAUCCAGAUGAUGCUGGAGUACUGCAACCCAUCUUACAGAGGUGUCUCCUGGGGCUUCUUGGGCACAACAGAUGAGACAUUGUUCAUAUUGGGCAAUUUCAGUGCCCUCAUGAUGAACGGUCUCUUGUUCCUCAGCUGUGUUCUCUCAGGUACCACAGCACUGGCUCUGUCAAAAUCCCUUUUAGAUGUGUUGGGAAACCUGGCACACUUCCUUAUCUGCAUUGGGAGCAGCUUGGUUUUGCUGUCAUCAGGAGUAAACCACCAACCAAGCACGAGGUACAAGGAAUACAUAUUUCAGGGAAAAGUGACUGUCUCGGUUCUGGGCAUAGUCAACUCUCUGCUGUACCUGUGCAGUGUGUUAGCCGCCUACUGGACUUGCAAGGCCAGCAGAUACUAACUACUGAAUCCUGCAGCAGUGAUGUAUGUCUGGAGUUGGCAUGCCUUUUCAUGACAACAUGUGACAGAACUGAUUGUGAGUUCAACUUGCCAACAUGCCCAAGGCUGAAAGAAGUUGUAGAGACUGGACUCCUGGGUGCCAGCCAUCAAGUGAACCUCCAUCAUAAUGCUAUGCAUCAGUUUUUAUGAUGUUGAGCAUGUGUGGCACACUUUUAGUGCCAUUUUUUCAUGCACACAUGAUUUUAGUAUAGUGUGUAGGAAAGCAGAGUCUAGGUUAUUCUCAUAUGACUACUUUGGUACAUGAACGGCAGACUACUAAAAGCACACAGUAACUAGUCUUAAUUUUUAUCAUUAUGUUAUUUGCUUUUUUUACUCUUGAAUUUAGGGACUGUUUGCAUUUAUAUUCUAAGUGCGAUCCAGCCUGACUCAUUUUAACCAUUUCAGUGCAAUCUUCUCGAAAUAGAGGGCACAUUACUUCAUGAUUGUCUCCUUAGCUGACCUUCAUGAUUGUAAGAUACACCGGCAAAUACCUCAGAAAAGAAAUGAACAUUGCUGGCAAAAAUGUAAAUUUAUUAUGUAAAAGAAACUGAGCACUGUGAUUAAACAUGAUAAUACCAAAUCCUCUAUCAAAUAAAUGAGACAAAGCAAAGAAAAAGAGGAGGGGUGGAAAAGGACACAAUGCAUGCGACUACUACUAAAGCCAAAUUAAUAGAAAGAUAGCCUAGCUGUAUCAUUAUGUCAAUAGCAGAGCUAGUCCUGGUGCACUCCACCUAUUAUGGCUAAGCAACUUCAGUUUCUCACAGAGUGUCCUGUAGUUGGAAUUUGCUCUCAAUCUGUCACUGGAACAGUCUUGCUUCAAGAAGAGUAGGAAAUGUUGCCCUAAGAGUUCUUUCAGUUUACCCUCGGAUUUUGCUGUGAAUGUAAAUAAUAAUAAUAAUAAUAAUUGCUGGGGUUUACAGGCCGAAACCACAAUACGAUUAUGAGGCACGUCGUAGUGGGGGACGCCCAAUUAAUUUAGACCACCUGGGGUUCUUUAGCAUGCCCCUAAAUAAAAACACACUGGUGUUCUUUGCAUUUUGUCCCAUCGAAGUGCGACCACCAUGGCUAGGAAUCGAACCCGUGCUUUCAAGUUCAGCAGUGAAGGCAAAUAUGAUGUCUAGGCUUAAGGAUAGACUACGCCGCAGCGAAUCUUAAAGGGACCGACAGCUGCACAUAACAUGUCGUGAGCUGUUGGUGGAAAUGUGAAAAGUAUAAAUGAUAGUGAUAGAAUCAGGCUUGCUGUUCUUAGUUUAAGUAGGGAUCAUAAUUUUAAAUUGGUACAGAGUCUGGAAAAAUGGUAUGGUUGCGCUAAAUUGUAGAGAUGCCUUUGCACUUUGGCUAUUUUUGACAUUAAAUUGUAAAUUCCCUCCAGAAUGCAGUACAAUAACAUUUGGCUAACGUGCUCAUGGGAGCCUUGACUACAGAUGGAUAGUGUUUUCUGAUUAUGUUCAAAAAGAAUUCCAAGGCUUCUGUAAAUUGUAACCUUUAGAUGGUAUAAACAGUUGCGCUUUAUUGUGUUGUUAUUACAAGGUGAAAAUUGUUCACACUUGCAAGUGGCACUGCUUUCAAUGGGGCUUGUACAGAUAGUGGGGCAUCUCUCAUUGCAUGGUAGAACACAUGAGUGCUUUUUAUGCAUGCAAGCUUGCAAGUGUUCUGCAGUACAUAAAAUUGAACAUGUAAGAAAAUACGAAACACAGGAACUUUGACUUGAUAAACAAAACAUCACCUUUUAACAACAAGGGCGCACUUGUCAUCUGAUUUUCGCUGAUGCUGGCAUAGAACCGCUAUCGCUCUCACCUAUCACUGUUUCAACAUGUUUCCAGCGUGGCUUUUAUCCUAACUGCAGAUAGAAAAAUUCUGACAAACAAUUUUCUGGAGUUUUCCUGGUGUAUGAUCGCGUGUUUGGACUCUGACCAGUGAGCGCUCUGUUGCACUGGAGAAGACAGGUACCAUAAAAAUUGUCAGUCCCUUUAACCUAUCAUUUGACCUGGGCCAGAUGUACCUGUGCCAAAGUUAUUAAAGGUGAGCAUGUUUCUGUUUGCCUUUAAAUGGCUAGACUUGCGCCAGCCAAAGUUUAAGAUAGUCCUGGUGUUUCGAAUCAGUUCCGAUACAUCAGGACUACCAUAAACUUUGGCUGGUGCCAGUUUAGCCUCGAGAAUGUUCUACCCAGCCAGCCAGAUUUCUGUUGAAAGUGUUUACAAUCGACCGUAUGUUAACGCAGCGGUCAGUGUUUGCUAGAAAAACAUGGACAACCUGACAACAUUCCGACCUCAUUGUUACAUCGGCAUUCAACUUAAGUGAAGGAACCUUGAGGUGUGAUUGGUGACUGUUAAAAAUGUAGUGAGAUGUGCAGUUUUUGUUUUAACUUUACUUGUGACUUGAGGGUGAUUGAGGUCAAAUACUUACCAAGUUGGAAUUUUGAAAGAAAACGUUUUUGCAGCCUGCUUAUGUGUAUAAAUGCUCAUCAUUCAUCUGCUGUAUCUUGACUUAUGGUGUUACACCUAUUAAAAAAUGUCUGCACAUAAUUAUAGGUUACUUUAACUAGAUUUCCUUGUAUAUGGUUUGCAGCCAGAUCCUCCUACUGGCCAUACUUUUUUUUAUGAAACAUUGCAUUUAUUUGACUCUCUAAUGGCUAAACUUCCUCUGUCUGAGUGAGUGGAAUGUGCUAUUUACCUAGAUUUAUGCAUAUGGAAUGCUCGCCGCCACAGUAGCCAAAUGGCUGGCUAUGCUGUUGCACUGUUGUGGCAAUGACAGCCCCGUUCCAAUGGGAGUGAAAUGCAAAAAUGCCCAUGUACAUAGGUUUAGGGAUACGCUAGGAACCCCAUAUGGUCCAUAUUAAUCCAGUCUACCACUGUGGCAUGCCCCAUAAUCAUAUCAUGGUUCCACUGUGUAAAACCCCAGAAUUUUAUAAGAAACACACAAACCAGCUACACUUGACAUUGAAUAGCCUGUCUUGAAAUCACAAAUAGAGAUUGAGCUUGAAGGCCCAACUUCAUUUCAAGAAUGAGGUUGACCUGUGGUCAGUCAUUCAAGGGUGGUGUGAAGUCUCUUGACAGCACAUUAAUCUAAGGGGAUCAUGUUGAUUGAGGUGUGAAAUCUUAUUAGAGUUUAAGUGCGAUUGAGCUUUGUGCUAUUAUUUUCUAGCCUAAAUUACCAGGUGCUUAUGUUAUCAGUUAGUGACGAGGUAGCACAGAGAGUACUCCACACUCCUGGAAAUACUAGCGCUUAGAGAGCUGUUAUGAAGUAACACUAGGUGUGUUCUUUCAUUGAAAAGACUCGAGACCAUUCCAAUCUGUGAAGAUGGGUGACCAGUGGAGCUGACGGGUGCACUCCCGUCUCUGCUCUCGUCACCGUUCUUCAUCAGCGCACUGCCUCUCCGGCGUUCGCACAAUGUGCGGCAGCCCCAUACUUGCUACGGACAGCGACACGAAGAAAUCAAGGAGGUGUGCCAUAUACAGCUCCGCUGUAAAAACCCACUCAGAUAUGCCGAAACCUGAUUGUCCUUUACAUUUAGAGUGCACUGUGAUCUUUUUUUAUGAUCACUUCUUAGCUUGACAAAUUGUUACCGGAAUGGUAUACACCAGUAGAAACAAAUUUUGCAUUACUAAAGUGGUGACACCAUUCCUUUUGUACCUUCAGAUGUUACUGUCAUUUAAUGAAGCUCUGUCUGAAAAAUCUAUCAAUUUAACUUUACUUAAUUUUUGCCUUUAUUGUUUCUUUAGUCUGGCGAGUCCUUCAUUCCAUUCAAGGAACACCAUUCAAAGUUGGGAAUUAAGUGAAGGAUUUGUUUCCACCUUACCUUAUGUGAAAUGCUUUUGUUAUUUCAUGACUGCACUGACUGUGGUAGUGCAAAAGCACAGGCACAUCAUUCAUAAGUGGCCUACAGUCACAGUUGCUACCAAUGCACACUGAAAAAUUACACGUAGUAAUUUUAGUAUAAGUCAGCACUUGUCCUGUCCUCUCUUUAUGUAUUAGCCUUUGUUCAUGCUGCUGAACAUUAUGCAGUCAAGCCCACUUAUAAUGAGCCUGAAUGUCACUUAGAUUUGUUUGAUGAAGCACAAAAUUUGGAGUGAGUGUCCUUUCUAAAACGUGACCAAAAAUUUAGCAAAAGGGUCUUUCAAAAGUACUAAUUAGCAUUGCACUUUAGUAUUCCCAAAUGAGAACUUCGAAACCAUAGUUUUCAUAUUUAGGACAGACAAGUGUUCAUUUCAACCGUGCUCUUGAACAUUUGCAUCAGGGAUCUAGAUUAUUAUGCCCUAACCUUUGAGACAGGUAGGCAGAGAUUGUGCUGAAUCAAGAGACAGUUGUCAACCUAGUGUGGUAUUCUGCUGUUGCACUAAGGGGUAUGUCCAUUUUGGUGUUUGUCAACUCUGUGAGGGUGCUAGAAGAAGUUAGCCUACCCUUGUGUUAUACGUAGUAGGGUUACAGGCAUGUGAAGAAAAUACAAGGAGAUGUGGAAAAUAAGGUGCAUGGAGGAAAAUGUUGCGGUGUUGGGAACUAAAAUGGCUGGUAUGUUUAUUUAUAGAGAUACCAAUGCCAUAGCACACACACACAUACAUGCACGCACACACAAACACACACACAUAUACACAUUAUGAUGUUCACUCGGUUAUGCAGGUAUAUUAGGAAUUUCGUAAGUGGGAUUGUUAUUAGUGGUCUUGACUUUAAAUCAUUAUGUGCGGGCCCAAUUUUCUGCUUACUUGGUUUAGACUGCUGUGGCAAUUUACAAAAGUAAUUUUCAUGUGAGCACGUGCCCAAUUUUUAUGCAUAUUCAAGUGAUAUUUGCUUAAAAGCAUGGCAUGCCUUUUGCGUCUUGCUUUUUUUUUUUCAUUUUUACACUGUUGUUUUUAAUUUUAUCUGAUUUCUGACUAAGUUGCCCUGUGAUCUAUGGAAGCAAUUCAUCAGCUGUUUGCUUCUUGCUCUUUUUCUUUUGUGUGUGUAAUGCAUGUAUAUACCAUUAUUCAAGCUUGCUUUCUAAGCAAUCUUACCUUGGUGCUGUACCUGCUUCCAUUUUUGAUGUCUGGGACAAAGAGCAAGAUUUAGCCACAUUGUAUAUCUGUAGAAAUUUGUGAAAAGACUUUGUUAAAAAUGAAGUUGUAUACAUUUCUUUUUCCUCUUGCAUCAGUGGUGUAGCUCAUCCAUUGUCCUGAUUGCAGUACGUCGUUGAGUUUCAAUACUUUUCACCUUGGCAAUUCUACAUAAGUAGGAUUUUAGAGUGCACAAGACAUGUUUAUUGUCUUUAAAAAUAACUAGCAAAAAUUCUGUGCACGUCUUCUGUGAGUUUGUUUGUAAGCUUAGUAAUCUCUUAGCAUUUUGUAUUACUGAAUUUAGGGGCUUUAGUAUGAUAGCUAGUGACAUUAAAAAAAAUAACUUCAUUUAGUGAUCUCGGGUUUUCACUGCUCUUGUUAAUAUGUUUCAAUAAAUAAAAUGCCUUUGUAUGUAAUUGACAAGUCUCAACUCAAUUAUUAUUUGUGGAAUUUCCACUCAUCAGUGUCAUUAUUUUUCACUAAAUAAAAGUUUGCCACAAUGAGUUUCUAACACACAAAGAUAAGUUUUGUUUGUAAGUCCUCACUACCUCUGACAAACACCCUUGCAUGCUAUACCACAAAACUCUCUCAAUAAUGCCUGGACACAUGUAAAGGU